CUAACUCUUCAUUCACCAAAACAAACCACAUCAAACUACAACAAUGACUUCACCACCACCGCUCCUCCCCGUCACCUCCUCCGGUGACGCCAACGCGCCACUCAUCCGCGUGAACCCGCUCUACAUUCUAGGUUUCCUCGCCACCACAAUCAGCACCUCCUUCAUAACCUACCUCUCCUACACGCACAACGACAACCCCAUGCUCCUCUUCACCUCCUUCAUCUACGUCCUUUACUUCUCCGUCGACUUCUUCCCUCUCCCACCCGCUCCAUCGGCACGUGCCGCCCACGUCAGACUCUUCCUCUGGGCGGUGCUCAGCGCCGCCAUGUUCGCAUUCGCCUGUUCGUUCUCGAUCGUUUUAACGCUCCCCGAGAGCAUGUGCUUCUUCGGGGUGGUGCUCGGUGGCAGCGCGUUGCUGUUGAGCGCGUGGAGCGGCGACAGUAAAUUUGUUGCGAAAAAGGAACAGUACUCCGACAUGGUGCAGUCUUUUGGUCCCAUAAUGUUGAUGUUUUUCGGUUUGGGAAGACGCUAUGUGACCACUCAACUUAUUCUCCACGCCGCCAUCAUGAACACCAGGAAGCUCGUUGGACCAACAACAACUCUGUCUAUCACUGCUCAGAUUUCAAGUUCUUCCUUUCGUUUCUCUUCUUAAAACUUCUUAUACACUCUUCAUCACGCAUUCAGUUAAGUUCUUCACAAGUUUCAUAAAUCAAAUCUUAACAAAACAAGAAAUUUAUGACGCAUUUACGUUCAGGAAUUUUAGUAAGAAAUUUCUGUAAGAGAUGUCCAAGUCCAUCUCAAAUUUAUUGUUUGAAUGAGAAAAGAAAAAUCAUGUUUUGAAUAUAAGAAAUUAAUAAAAAACAUAUGAAGUAUCAAUAUAGAGAUUACAGGUAAGACUCGCCAUUAAAUUAAUUAAUUACUUUUUUAGAUAUUUUAUCAUGAAAUUAACGACUCUGUCAGUCUCCAACAAUUUUUCGUUGAGUUCUAAAUGGAAAUGACCUAUGCUUUUUAUAUAUCUUUUAACUUUAACAAAUUUCACUGUCAAAUUUAAAUUUAAAUUAUUAGAAUUCGUUGAAUACAUUUAAUUAUUUUAAAUAAGACAGGAAUGUUGUAAUGUACAAGGAUUGAAUGAGAAUAAUCCAAGCAAGAGGUUCAGAAAGAUGAUAAGAAAUUCCUUAAUAAAAUUCCAAAAACCGUCCUGUAUGCAAAACAUGAUUUCAUCUUUUAAAUCCCAUGUUCAAAUCAGUGAUGGUGAUACAUUGAAAGUUAUUAAAAAGACAAACAACAACAUUUUCUCAGAACACUCGUUAGAUGUUAUCGUUGUAAUAAGAUACAACAAAU